UUUCCGUCGAUAAACAAUUUAUUAUAAUAUUAAAGUAUAUGAUAUGAGUAUAGGUACGCGCAAAGCAUGUUUCCGUCUCACAUUAUACCGUAGUAUUAUGCGAACACAAUUUUAAAUCUGAAACAAUAACCACUGCAAAUGCUCGUCGCGUAGUCGACGGACGAAAUAUUCUGUACAGUGCACCUACUUCUGUUUAGUGAAAAUAAUUAAUAAUGACAAUGCUAACAGAUACGAAAUAACAAUAACACUAUAAUAUUAUAAUAUACCGCCGCAAACGAGUUUCCCGCGAAAUAAAUCAUAAAACACUACUUACACAAUACCUGUGCAUAGAUCCACGAAAAACAUAUUUUUAUAAUUAAUUAUUGAGUUGUGUCGCGCCACUUUUUGGAUUUUUUUUUAGUAGUCCGAUGUUUAUUAUUAUAAACUAUAAUAUUAUAAUAAUGCUACAACACGUGUAAAUCAGUCUCGCACAAUUGCAGCUACAGUCAGGCGGGAACGGGCGGAGGACAACCGCACCGGUACGAUGGCGAAUCGCAAUUGCGAGAGUUGUUGUUGUAGCGACGACGACGAGGACGAGGACGAGGACGAAGAAGACGAAGACGACGACGACAGCAGCGGAUCGUAUUCGAGCUGUUCGACCACGGUUGCCGUGGACACGAACACGACCCGCAGGCGACUGUCGUCGGGCCGGACGACCACCGCGGUCGCGGCCACGUCGUUCGACCUCCUGGACGCCCGGCGCCUGCCCGACUUGUUGGACGCCGAACGUCUGGUGGCCGUGCUGGACGGGUGUCUGGGAUCGGAGUACGUGCGCGGCUGCGUGGUGGAGACGUGGGACGCGGUGCUCAGCGACCACCUGGAGGCCAUCGCGCACCUGGUGCUGUACCAGACUCCGGAGCACGCGGUCAGCCAGGCCGUGUACGAACAGCUGGUCGGCCUGUCCGCAUCACUCCGCCCGCCGGCCGGCGACGGCCAGCAACGACGACCGGCCCGCGUGGACGCGGAUCGCGUGUACGGCACGCUCAGGUCGGCGGCCCAGUCGCUGUUGACCACCCGGGUGGACGCGUGCUGCCGGCAGAGCAUGUGCCGGGCCGUCGGGUUGGCCGUGGCCGCGCUCCGGUGCAGCACGCGGCCCGUGUUCUCGGUGGAGAAUUUCGUGGUCGAGAUCAACGAGGCGGCCAACUUCGCCAACCUGUACUGCACCGGGUACGCCAAGCGCAUAUGCGCCGCGCUCGAAGGCAUCUACGACACGGUCAUGGCCGGUGACUAUCAUCCGACCAACGUCGUGGUCCAGAUGGCCGUCAUGGACAAGUGCAUCAAGGCGGCGCUCCGGACGCUGGCCGACGCCCGGGCCACGGCCGCCCAGAAGACGGCCGCCCAGCGGUCGCUGCUCGCCGAGCUCGACGACGUGGGCGCGACGGUGCGCAUGAAGAACUACGGAUGCGUGGACGACUGCGCGGCCGCGGCCGACCCGCAGCAGCAACAGCAGCAGCGGUCCCGACUCGCGGUGGCGGCCACCGCGUCCGUGGCCCGGUCCGUCCACUUCACCAUGAGCCCGUGGCGGGCGCCCAUCAGCAUGUACCACCAACAGUCGGCGACCAGCGUGGAUCGGGUGCUCAGGACCACUGUCCACCUCGUCGAGGCGCUCGUCGCCGAACUGUUCAAGCCGUGCCUGAGCGGUCGGCGCGACGUCCACCGCCGCAGCAGCAGCCGCCGCCGUCACCGCCGCUGCCGCACGUGCAGCAGCCGUCAGGUGCACGACAAGCAGCUCUAGGAGGACGGCCCUUAUACGACGUCGUUCAUGUCAUCGCGUCCCGCGCCAUCCGCGUAAAUCAUCUAUAUUAUACUUAUCACAACACGCGAACCACGCGAGUUAUAUUUUAUUAUUUUUAUUAUUAUUAUUAUUUUUAC